AUUAGUUCAAAGAAGAUGGCCACCCCGAACGGAGCGCAACAGCUACCGAGCUACCUGACCGAGUCGCUCAUCAAGCGAUCGCUCGAGCACGACCUAGGACACCCUGUGCGGAUCGAAAGUUUUAGCGCCGGGCCGGCCACGUCGGCCGGCGAUAACUAUCUGAGUGACGUUUUCUGGAUCCGCGUCCUGUACGAUGGCGGCACGGCCGAAAAGCGGCUGCUCGCCAAGUGCAUGCCGGACGUUGGCGAUCGGGGCACCGUGCUGGACGCGCUGGAUGCGUUCCGCAAGGAAACGGAAACAUUCCAGCAGCUGCUGCCCGCCUUCUCGCAGCUCGUUUCCGACUCCGGGUCCGCGGGCUUGGAGCAAUUCGGUGCCAAGUGUUACUACGCCACCACCGAUCCGGUGCGGACGAUCGUGUUCGAGGACCUGAAGGCGCUCGGGUUCCGCAUGUGCGAUCGUACGACCGGCGGUCUCGACUUUGCGCACUGUGCGUUGGUGAUGCGCAAGAUUGCCAAGUUCCACGCGGCCUCGAUGCUGUACGCGGCCCGUUCCGAGGCGAACGAACGGUUGCUACGCGAUCGGUACUCGUACGGGUUCUACAACCCGCGGGUGGCCCUCGAAGACUACCGGGUGUUUGCCGUGUUCCAGGAGGGUUUGGAAAAGUUCGUCCAGGUGGCGGCCGGCUGGCCCGAACUGGAACCGGCCAUCGUGGAGAAACUGCGGGCCUUGCUGCCGUCGUUCAAACGACGUAUCGUCGACUGCGUUGAUCCGACCAAUCCGGCCACCAAGGUGCGCGUCCUUAAUCAUGGCGAUCUUUGGAGCAACAACAUGAUGUUUCGGUACGAGACCUCGGCCGAUAGCGACGUGGUGCGGGAGGUGAUGUUUGUCGACUAUCAACUGUCGUGCUACGGCAGCCCGGGACUGGAUCUGGUGUACUGCCUUUACAACUGUCCCCGGCACGAGGUGCGCCAGAACCGGUGCUUCGAAGAGCUGCAGCAGCUCUAUCACCGCACCCUGAGUGAAGCGCUUAACCGGGGCAAGCACCCUGGCCCCGUACCAACGCUGGACACGAUCAAGGAAGAGUUCAAACGGCAUGAGUUUUUCGGACUUGUGUGUGCCAUCAGCCUGCUGCCGAUCAUGCUGAUGGAACGCUCCGACGAUGUGGACAUCAGCUUCGAUGCGUUCUUCGACAAGAAGCAAGUGGAACGCCUCCGGGACAUUCAGUACAACGGGGCCGUGUAUCGUCGGUCGGUGGUGCCGAUACUGCAAAGUCUCUUCGCCCGUGGUUACAUCGAUUAAACAGCUGGAUGGUGUCUUUUGUUACAACAAAUCGAGCCGGGGCGUGCAAAGUCCAUAAAUAAUGAAACGAGUAGCUGUUAUACGCUGGCGUUAUGAAGAGACGUUUGACGUUAUCUUGAAAAUGCGCCAUGCUAGGUAAAUAGUGCGAGGUGCUCCGAUGUGUUCUUAUGUACAUUUGGAUUAAAGCGUCUUAUUUUCUCACCAUAACCACGUUAUGAAA